AAAAGGAAGAAUUAUUGAAACAAAUCCAAGUCUUAAAAUCCCAAAAUAAUCAAACUGAGUUAGCCAAAGAAUUCAAUAAUUUAAAACAAUUGGUUCAGCAAUUAGAACAAGAAGUUAAUAAGUUAAAAACAGAAGUUCAAGAACUCAAAAAAGAAAAUGAUAAUAGUCCGGAAUUUCGGGCUUAUCUUAACCAAAAAGAAAAUGAAUUACAGAAUAAGCAAUCUAAAUUAGAGCAAUUAAGAGGCAUUAGUGAGGUUGGUGCCACACCAAAAUCAGAAACUAAUUCUAAUAACUUCCCGACUAGUUGA